AUGGCGUCUCCGGACUUAGUUGCCGCCGAAGCAGAGUGGAGGGAGCAAUUUGCAGCAAUGCAAACUGCCCUCGCCAAUCUCAAGCUUCCCACGCUAUCCAAAGCUGAAGAGAGCUAUCCCGAUGACGAUGACGACCUGGAAGGAUUCUCAUCUGGAAAUGACGACCACGACGUGUGGGACUUUAUAUCGGACACCGAACAAGACGAAUAUAGCAGCGACCUUGUUGACGUUGAUGUUGACGGAGUUGGCGCCGCAGAGCCAGAAAGCGCCCUGCAUUGGUUUUUAGAUGCAUCAGCCGGAAUUGCCGCCAACAACAAUCUCUCUCCAGAUGUCUUCCAAAACCAGAUUAUGAGCGUUCUGGGCUCUGGUGAGCCAGACUAUGAGCUUCAGUCACACCUAACCGACUUGGUUGGAUUCGAUCAUCUCGAUUUUGUCAUUGAUGUACUGUCCAAGAAGGACGUUCUUGUGGCUGAGUCGAACGGCCGAGGCGAGAAGCAUCCCACUUCACGUCGGUUGUUGAACAAGUCUGAGAGGGAGGCUGCUCUAAAACGCCAGGAUUUUGCGCACAAGACUGCUUCAUUAUCUCCUGCCUCCAAGAAGGAACCACACUAUCCGCAUGUAUACAGAUCGUACCAGGCUGGAAACACUCUGAGCUUUGCUGGCAAAAAGUAUGGCCUGCCUGUUGGAAGUGAACGUCUCCAGUUUGAAAAGUAUGAAGAGUACUUCGUCCCAGCGGGUCGAAAAGGCACCCUUGGCCCCGGAGAAAAGCUGGUGGCUAUCUCAGACCUUGAUGGCCUGUGUCGGAAUACCUUCAAGGGCUACAAGACGCUCAACCGUAUGCAGAGCCUUGUAUUUCCCGUAGGAUAUAAAACGAAUGAGAACAUGCUUAUUUGUGCCCCUACUGGUGCCGGCAAAACUGAUGCGGCCAUGUUGACGAUUUUGCAUACGAUUGGCCAGCAUGUCUACCCUAAUCCCAUCGAGAAUCCCGAGGCGACCGAGUUCGCUGUGGACAUUGAUGACUUCAAAAUUGUCUACGUGGCCCCCAUGAAAGCCUUGGCCGCCGAAGUUACUGAAAAGUUGGGCAAGCGACUUGCCUGGCUAGGUAUCAAGUGCCGCGAGUACACUGGUGAUAUGCAGCUGACAAAAUCGGAAAUUGUCCAAACUCAGAUCAUUGUCACUACCCCAGAAAAGUGGGAUGUUGUUACGAGAAAGGGUACUGGAGACACAGAGCUGGUCCAAAAAGUGCGCCUUCUUAUUAUUGAUGAAGUCCACAUGUUGCAUGAUGAGCGUGGCGCGGUUCUAGAAUCCCUUGUUGCCCGUACUGAACGGCAGGUAGAGAGCACACAGUCUCUUAUCCGAGUCAUCGGACUCAGUGCUACCCUCCCCAACUACGUUGAUGUAGCCGACUUUUUAAAGGUCAACAAGUACGCUGGACUGUUCUACUUUGAUGCCUCGUUUCGUCCUGUACCUCUUGAGCAGCACUUUAUUGGCGUCAAGGGCAAGGCAGGGUCGAAGCAAUCCAAAGAGAACUUGGACAAUAUUGCCUUUGACAAAGUCAAGGAGAUGCUGGAGAGAGACCACCAAGUUAUGGUGUUUGUGCACUCACGGCGAGAUACCAUGGUCACUGCGAGAAUGCUUCACCAGAAGGCAAUCGAGCAAUUUUGUAUGGAUCUUUUUGAUCCGAGUGGACAUCCCAAAUACGAUCAAGCCUCCCGCGAUAUGAAAUCAUCUCGGGCCAAGGAUAUUCGUGACCUUCUCUCCAAAGGAAUUGGAAUCCACCAUGCCGGCAUGGCUAGAGCGGACAGGAAUCUGAUGGAGCGACUCUUUGGAGAGGGUGUUUUGAAAGUGCUCUGCUGUACUGCUACACUAGCAUGGGGUGUGAACUUGCCCGCUGCUGCUGUAGUCAUUAAAGGUACACAGGUUUACAGUGCUUCGGAUGGUAAAUUUGUCGACCUCGGAAUCCUAGAUGUGUUGCAAAUAUUCGGUCGAGCCGGACGUCCCCAGUUCGAAGAUACUGGCAUCGGUAUGAUUUGUACCACCCAAGACAAGCUUCAACAUUACUUGACUGCCAUUACCGAGCAGCAGCCGAUUGAGUCCAAGUUUUCAACCAAGCUCGUCGACAACCUCAAUGCUGAAAUUGCCCUGGGAACAGUAACUUCCAUCCAGGAUGCUGUCCAAUGGAUAGGAUACUCGUAUCUUUUCGUCCGAAUGCAAAGGAGUCCAACCGCGUACGGCAUUGAGUGGGCUGAAAUUCGUGAUGAUCCGACUCUGGUGCAGAGACGACGCCAAUUAGCCAUCCAAGCUGCAAGAACUCUACAGCAGUGCCAGAUGAUCAUUUUCAAUGAGAGGACAGAAGAGCUUCGCAGCAAGGAUAUAGGCAGAAUUGCUAGCCAGUAUUACAUCCUUCAUACUAGCAUUCAGGUAUUCAACACCAUGAUGCAGCCGCAAGCUACUGAGGCCGACAUUCUCAAGAUGAUUAGCAUGAGUGGAGAGUUCGAUAAUGUGCAGUCGAGAGACACUGAAGCCAAGGAGUUAACACAUCUUAAGAAUGAUGUUGUGCCUUGUGAUGUGGACGGCGGCAUUGAUACACCACAGUCCAAGACCAACAUCUUGUUGCAAUCGUACAUCUCUAGACAACAGCCUGAGGAUUUUGCAUUGUCCAAUGACAUGAAUUACGUAGCUCAGCAGUCUGGCCGCAUCUGCCGAGCUUUGUUCAUGUUGGCGCUGAACAGGAGAUGGGGCCACCAAUGUCUAGUUCUGCUGACGUUGUCCAAGUCGAUUGAGAAAAGGAUCUGGCCCUUUCAGCAUCCACUUCAUCAAUUCGAUUUACCCAAACCUGUCUUGAAUCAGUUGGAUGCAAAGGAAAACCUGACUAUGGAGACAAUGAAGGAAAUGGAACCUGCUGAGAUCGGAGGCUUGGUUCACAAUCACAGCGCCGGAAAGACCAUUUCCCGAUUUCUCAAUCACUUUCCCACGGUUCACGUGGAGGCUGAAAUUGCGCCAUUGAACCGGGAUGUACUUCGAAUAAAAUUGUACGUUAUCCCGGAUUUCUCGUGGAAGGACCAGAUACACGGAACAUCUGAAUCGUUCUACAUCUGGGUUGAGAACUCUGACACCUCAGAGAUUUAUCAUCACGAAUUCUUUAUUCUUAACAGGAGGAAGCUUCAUGACGAACACGAGCUUAACUUUACAAUUCCUUUGUCUGACCCUCUGCCAACGCAGAUUUAUGUUCGAGCAGUAUCUGAUAGAUGGCUUGGUGCGGAGACGGUCACUCCGGUGUCUUUUCAACAUCUCAUUAGGCCAGACACUGAAAGUGUUUACACUGAUCUUCUUAACUUGCAGCCCCUGCCUAUUUCAGCCCUGAAGAACCCCGGCUUAGAAGAGAUUUACGCACAGCGUUUUCAAUUCUUCAACCCCAUGCAGACACAGAUUUUCCACACCCUGUAUCAUACACCAGCCAAUGUUCUCCUCGGGUCUCCAACAGGGAGUGGUAAGACUGUGGCAGCAGAGCUCGCUAUGUGGUGGGCUUUCCGGGAACGACCUAAAUCCAAAGUAGUGUAUAUUGCCCCUAUGAAAGCGCUGGUUCGUGAACGAGUCAAGGACUGGGGAAAGAGGCUUGCCCAACCAUUGGGACUCAAAAUCGUCGAGUUGACUGGUGAUAAUACUCCAGACACAAGAACCAUCAAGGAUGCGGACAUCAUCAUCACCACCCCUGAGAAGUGGGACGGUAUUUCGCGUUCCUGGCAAACAAGAGGAUACGUCAGACAGGUUUCUUUGGUAAUUAUCGACGAGAUACACUUGCUUGCUGGAGACCGUGGCCCUAUUUUGGAAAUCAUCGUAUCUCGCAUGAACUAUAUUUCAUCCUCGACUAAGAACAAAGUCCGACUUCUUGGCAUGUCCACAGCCUGCGCCAAUGCUACUGAUCUAGGUAGCUGGCUGGGGGUGAAGGAAGGCCUGUUUAACUUUAAGCACUCUGUUCGUCCCGUACCACUUGAGUUGUACAUUGAUGGUUUCCCUGAAAUCCGUGGUUUCUGUCCCUUGAUGCAGUCUAUGAAUCGCCCGACGUUUCUAGCUAUCAAAAACCACAGCCCAGACAAGCCCGUUAUUGUCUUCGUUGCUUCCCGACGACAGACGCGUCUCACGGCCAAGGACCUUAUCAACUUUUGCGGCAUGGAAGACAACCCCCGGCGGUUCUUACGCAUGGACGAAGAAGAUCUACAGCUGAACCUUGCCCGUGUUAAGGACGAUGCCCUCAGGGAAGCCAUCAAUUUCGGCAUUGGUCUCCAUCAUGCCGGCCUGGUCGAGUCAGAUCGCCAACUAUCCGAAGAGCUUUUUCUGAACAACAAAAUCCAAAUUCUUGUGGCAACUAGUACCCUAGCUUGGGGCGUCAACUUGCCGGCCCACUUAGUCGUUGUGAAAGGCACUCAGUUCUACGAUGCUAAAAUAGAAGCAUACAGAGAUAUGGAUCUCACAGACGUUCUCCAAAUGCUUGGUCGAGCCGGCCGUCCUCAAUUCGACAACUCUGGUGUGGCGAGAAUAUUCACCCAAGACUCAAAAAAAGAUUUCUACAAACACUUCCUGCACACUGGGUUCCCUGUCGAAUCUUCACUCCAUACUGUGCUUGAUAACCAUCUUUGUGCUGAAGUUUCCGCCGAGACAAUUGUCACAAAACAAGAUGCGCUGGAUUACUUGACUUGGACGUUCUUCUUUCGUCGACUACACAAGAACCCAUCCUACUAUGGGUUGGAGCUCUCCGCUGAGGAGCACUCUACCAUUGCUGCACAGCAACUUGCAAACGAAUACAUGAUCGAAAUGGUCAACAAAUCUCUCGGGGAACUUGCAGAGUCCAAAUGCGUCGAGGUGUUUCCUAACGGAGACGUAGAUCCUACAGCUCUUGGCAAGAUCAUGAGCUACUACUAUCUCUCGCACAAGACGAUCAGGCAUCUAGUGAAGCAUGCAAAAGCGCAGGCUUCCUUCCUCGAUGUCUUAUCGUGGAUGUCCCGAGCCAUUGAAUACGAUGAGUUACCUGUCCGCCAUAACGAAGAUCUCAUCAACGACACCCUAUCUGCAAAUCUUCCAUAUCCUGGCCACGCAUUUGGUUUACCCAUGUGGGAUCCACAUGUCAAAGCCUUCCUACUACUCCAAGCGCACAUGUCGAGAAUUGAACUCCCGAUCACGGAUUACGUAGGCGACCAAACAUCUGUCCUCGACCAAGCCAUCCGUAUUAUUCAAGCUUCUAUCGAUGUCCUCACAGAACUGGGCUACCUAUCAUCUUGCUUGCAAAUGAUCAGCCUCCUACAAUGCAUCAAAUCCGCUCGCUGGCCGACGGACCCCGUUGUAUCUAUACUCCCUGGUGUUGAGCCCGAAUCCACCAAGGACAACACGCCACUCAGCAAACUGAGCGUACUUAAACCGAAUGAAGUCAAUCAGCUGUCAAAGAAACUCGGACUCAAAUCGGCACAACAACUGUCCCGCGUGGCUCGUGCCGUGUCCUUCCUUCCCAAUGUGUCUGUUUCAACAUCAGACGUUACGGCCUUGUCUGUGACCGUGAAUAUUAAGCGCAUAAACGCUCUAGUCGACAGAGAGGCACGUAUAUAUGCUCCAAAGUUCCCCAAACCUCAGACAGAAGGAUGGUUCGUCCUCGUUGGGGAUAUCACGCGGGAUGAGGUCAUUGCAGUGAAGAGAGCGACGUGGGCUGCGCCGGGAGCAAAGUCUCUGGGACAAAGCAGUACGCCUUCGGUGAAAACGGUGAUCAAGUUACCAGAAGCGGUGGGCGGACAGGCCAGGAAGGUGGAUAUAUUGGUUGUGAGUGAUGGGUAUGUUGGCUUGGAGUAUAAAAUUGAGGGGGUGGAUAUUCCAGGCGUGCCUAUGGUGGAUGAUGCUAUUGGCUCGAAGAAGGGGAAUGUGUAA